AUGUCUCCCAGACCUUCAAAGUCUCGCAAACCCUCAAAGCCUCGCAAACCCUCAAAGUCUCACAAGCCCUCGAGGUCUUCUCCUGUUCCCUCCGUGAUAGACCUUGCCGCAGCCGCCAUUGCAGAGGCCAGUCUUGAGGGUGAGGAUGAAGAUUCGGACUUCCAUGGCCAACUUGCCGAGAACCAGCGCAGAGUCAUCGAGUCGGUACUCCUAGAUCCCGUCACAAUCACAUUCGAUAACCUAGCAGAACGUCUUCGUAGUCACGGCACGCCGGUACCAAACUUCUUCUACAGGACUUUCUAUGAGACCUCGGCGACAUUGAGUAAAUACGUGCCUGUCGACAUGCAUACGAAGCAUCGUACCGAUGACAAGCUCAAGAUGGAGGCGGGGAUGGCGUUCCAGCCUGUAGCAAAGUUCAACGUCCACGGUUAUCUGCACAGGGAAGGCAUCGAACGACAACUGGUAUGGAACCAGAAGAAGGACCCUUCUGCUUUCAUAUCUGUGUUUAACGAGCUCUGCCAUGCCAAGAGAAGGGCUGGAUUUCAUCACGACGAGAGUCAGCGUAUCGGUCAACGUGUCAGCAUCGCCCGCAUCAGUUCAGAAGGAUUGGAACCAGUAACAGUACACGCCCAGGUUGAGUCCAAGAUCUGCAUCUACACAAAAGAGGUGGGCCAUGCCGAAGUCAAGAAGUGGAAGAAGGUCUGGCGAGAUGUCGAUAUCCCUGCGUGGGUCCACAAGAAAGCACGAAAGAAGUAUGGCAACACCAUCGACCCGGAGCAGUUGACGGAAUCUGGCGCCGACAUGUGGGUAUCCAUUACAGAAAUUCGCCUUUCCAACCUCAAGAACAGCGGACCUUCUGGCAGCAUCAAGCGCGACUCCAUUUGCGCGAAAGGUCAUGACUACGAGUGGCUGUCUUGCGGGUCCAUUUCCGAUGAUAGGAUCAUGAAUGUUUGGCCGUGGGAUGGCAAGGAACUGCACACCCGUGACCCCGGUCGUCCGAUCCGAAGCAUAGCCAACAGCGGGCAGCCCUGGAUUUGGGACAUGGCCAAGACCAUGUGGGUGCCUGACUGGGUUCAAAAGUCGACUGCUACCGACCAAGCCCCGGCUACUGGGAAGAAGCGCAAGCAUGAUAUGGACGAUGAUGAAGAGGAGGACGCCAGGAUUACAGGUCUUAUCAUGGCCGAACUGAAGCGUGCCAGACUAUCGUACUCCGAUGCUACUGCCAAAUCCAAUGCGCCUGCUGACUCCGAUGCCACGGAUGACUCUGGCAACGCCGUUACCCCCAAGCCCACCAGCAUUUCAGUCAAGAUACUCAUCGCUUCCCCUGGCCAUGAAUCACGCAAGCUGACCAUUCGGCCCAAAGACUACAAACGCUGA